AUGUCGACGCCCGCCAGCAACAAAAAAGUAAAGUUCAUCGCCUCUGAUCCAUCUCGAGGCGGCCUGCCAGUGAAGCGCAAACAGGUGCAGCACGCAUGCGAGUCUUGCCGCCGCAAAAAGCGGCGAUGUAUCCAUGCGGAUGAUGCGGUGGAUGAGCCGUCGCCAGAGGAGAGCCGUGGUCCGGAUUCCUCCCCGUCGCACGCAUCACCCGUCAACCAAGGCCGCAGCGUCACGCCCGUGAGUCGUGCCUCAUUGCCACCACCUUUGAAUGGCAUCCCUGGCCGCCAGCAGCAAGAACAGCCUUACCUCCCGCCGAUCCAUCGCAUGAAUGGCAAUUUUCAGCGCCAACCGCAAGAUGGAUCGUUUAAGACGCGAUCCUCCCGCUUUGUCGGCGACUUGAACCCCGAGGGCAUGUUUAUAGAGGCCACAGCCUCCGUUUCCGCGCGUGAGUCCUCUCAGAAGGGCGACGUUGGAAUAUGGCUUCCUGCUGGCAAUGGGCAGUCGUCGCAAUUCAUCACCUCCCGGCCACCCCCGAUCAUGGACAGAUUCUUGCUUCCAUUCGUCAAAGAGCAUUGUCUGUCCUGCUUGCCUACCGAGGAGGAUUAUGCAAAGCUCAAAGCAACCUUUAUUCAAAAGAUCCAUCCCAUCUUCCCAGUUCUCUCUUUAUCGUCGCUCAACGAGCCCCCUAAUAGCCCUACAAAUGUCAUUCAGCGCCAGCUUGUAUGUCUGGCGGCUGGAAGCGACCCAGACAUGACACAAUACCUGCGACUGCAGAACAAGGGCGGCGUUUUACUAUCACCGCAGGACUACUCGCAGGCGCUGUCCUCCCCUGGCCAUGCUCUCAUUCUACGUUCAGCCGACAUGCGCCGAGGAAGCCGAUUUACCGGCACAACUGGGCGACUUUUGCUGUUUGUCAUACAGUGGCUAGACCAAGUCGUCGAGCUGUACCGGCCGGGUCCCAGUGAAGAAGCGUCUGGCGUUGACAAGGUGGCCUACAUCGACCUGCCAGUCUUGGAAGCGAUGAUCGUUAAUGCGGAUGCCCUCAAAGUUUCUUCUUCGUUGAUUGCUACGAUUGAAACAUUUUACCACGCCGUCAUCAUUCUGUCCUGUCGACUUCCUCGCCCUGGCACUGCGCCCGCUGCGUCUACCCUUCCCCCACCUUCGGCCAACGCUCGUCGGUCCCUGGCAGCCGAAAGGAUUGCGUGUGCAGUUCCACGAGACUGUCUCAGCCCCGCGCCAUUUGUUCCCUACGCCGUAAUGCUCGCGCUGAGUGUGGAAUAUCGAAAGAUGCGUCAUAGUAGACUCCCAAUGUUCCGUGCCAGGGCCAUGAGCUCCUUCAAGCGAAACUGCGAACUCUUACGGCGAUAUAGUAACCAUUUUUGGAACGCUAGUGUUGUGGCAGGGCUCGGAGAACGAGUUCUCAAGGAAAUGGAGCGAGCGGCGACCACUCUGAAUAAAGACAACACGCCUCCCGUUACGAUCGCCGAAUCAAAUCAAAUUGGCAGUGCUCGGAACAUGCCGACGGCAGGAAUCACAGAGCUGCCCCUGCAUGACCCAGAUGGCAUCAAUGCGGCUAUUGACUCUGCCAUUGGCAUGGAUAACACUGUUAAUUUCUCCCUCGUGGAUCCUGUGUCUGGCCAGGACGUCUUUGGCCACAUUGACCCAAGCUUCAAUCUGGAUGCUGUGGAGGAUGCUCUAGAAGCGAACCUCGAUAUUGGUCUGCCUUUUACAUGGGGUGACUGGGGACAUUACGCAACCUGA